CUUUCUUACCCCUUAUACUAACACGAAGAACUUUGCAUGAGAGUAAAGUACACUAUAAGAAACGAAGAGAGACAGAAAAAUACUACUUUUCUAUGUACCAAAAAAAAAAUACGACUUUUCUAGGAGUGUUCACAUUGUGAACAAGUAGAUACACCUUCAUCCAUCAAGUAGCUGAUCUCCACCAAAUAAAUCUGUUUUGGACUACCCAAAAUCCUUCCUCCACUUCUUUUCGCUCUCUGUUUCCUCGAACUUUCCUUAGUAACCAAAACUACGACUUUCCUCAGUUACAAAAUGGUGAUAUAGCCGUAAAAACUCAAAAGAGUGAAAGACUGGGUCAUUUGUUCCUUACCAACCCUCGGGACAUUUUAUCGACACUAAACAAUCAAAAAAAGCAGAAGCUGGAGUCUUCACCACGCCUGCAACUACAUAUAUAAACCAGAGUUGCCAAGGCAAAUAUACAUAGUGAAAUUCAGUCCCAAUAUCAUGGAGUCCCCAGAUGUCAAACACAUCUCAGAAUCCUUUAUCCAACCUCAAAAUGCUUCGCAAGAAUCAAAGAAGCCCUUUUACUUGGCAGCCUCUGACCUCGCCAUGCUCUCCGUCCACUAUAUCCAGAAAGGUCUCCUCUUCCGUAAACCUCCAGAAGCCAACAACCCCAAUUUUCUCGAUACCCUUUUGGCAAAACUGAAGCACUCUCUUUCCCUCGCACUCGUUCACUUCUACCCGCUCGCGGGUCGCCUUGUGACCAAGAAGGAACAAGACCCUCAUCUCUACUUGGUCUAUGUGGAUUGCAGCAAUAGCCCAGGAGCCAAAUUCAUCCAUGCUUCUCUUGACAUGUCCAUCUCGGACAUUCUUUCUCCAACUGAUGUGCCCUUGGUGGUUCAGUCUCUGUUUGAUCACGACAGGGCGGUCAACCACGACGGUCACACCACGUCGCUGCUGACGGUCCAAGUCACGGAAUUGGUCGACGGCGUCUUCAUCGGGCUUUCCAUCAACCAUUGCCUCUGUGACGGAACAUCUUACUGGCAUUUCUUCAACACUUGGUCUGAAAUAUUCCGAGCCCAAGAGAACAACAUCCCUCUUUCAAAGAUCUCACGCCCACCGGUUAUGGAGCGGUGGUUUCCAGACGGUCAUGGUCCGAUUAUUAGCCUCCCUUACACAAGUUCAGAUGAGUUCGUUGACAGAUUUGAAUCUCCGGAACUCAGGGAGAGAAUGUUUCACUUCUCAUUAGAAUCCAUAGCCAAACUCAAAUCAAAAGCCAAUUCAGAGUGUGAGACCAGCAAAAUCUCCUCCUUCCAGGCCUUGUCUGCUCUUCUCUGGCGAUCAAUUACUCGAGCGCGUGGAUUUCCACCAAAUCAAGAAACCAGCUGCAGAUUGGCUGCGAAUAACAGAGCAAGAAUCGUCCCACCAUUGUCUCCUAAUUACUUUGGGAAUUCAAUUCACCCUGUGAAAUCACAACCUGUGAAAGCAGGGGAGUUGCUUGAACACGGGCUUGGAUGGGCCGCGUGGAAGCUGCACGAGACUGUGGUGAACCACAACGACAAAUGGAUUCGUGGAUCGAUUGAGGCAUGGUUAAAGUCUCCGGUUGUAUACCAAUUGGAUCGGACUUUUGACCCGUACAGUAUAAUGAUGGGGAGUGGUCCGAGAUUCGACAUGUAUGGAAAUGAAUUUGGGAUGGGAAAAGCUGUGGCGCUCCGAAGUGGGUAUGCCCACAAGUUUACUGGCAAAGUGACGUCGUAUCCGGGACGUGAAGCAGGAAGCAUCGAUUUGGAGGUGUGUCUUCCUCCGGCUGCAAUGACGGCUCUUGAAUCUGAUGAAGAGUUCAUGGAAGCUGCCUCUGUCCCAAGUUAUGAUUAGUCAAACUGGUUUAGCAAGCUCCAAAAGAAUGAUGUUGCCAUUUUUUUUUCUUUCUUUAACUUUAAAUUCCAAUAAGAAGAUAAGAUGAUGCUCUACCUAAUCUUCUCUUGUAUUUAUAACCAUAGUUGUUGGUCAAAUUGAUGGGAGAUUUUUUCCUUUUCAAUUAUGGUCAUUCAUGUUUUACUGUUGAUCGUAUAGUAGGUUUAGAUAAAUUUUAUUAUUAUUCUCUCUUUGGUGA